CACCCCUGGUCGACUCUGCCCCGUUGUGCAACUACAACGACAACAACAACUACGACACCACAUUCUCCAACCCAUCGAAUCGAGACAGAGACAGACAGAGAGACAGAGAGAGAGAGAGAAAUGUGCAAACACGUCCGCGUCAAAUAUGCCUGCGGGCACAUCCGAUAUUGCGUAAUGUGCUGGUGCUCCAAAUAUACCGACUUGCAAAAAUGUUGUCCACUCAAAGUCCGACGACACGAGACGUUAUCGUUCCAAGUUUGUGGUAAGUACAUACCUAAACCACGCCGGACUAUCUUUUUUUUUGUUUUUUUCGUCUCUCACUCGUAUUAACGGAUGGUGUGUUUAUUUUUUUUUUUUCAUUUUUUGCUUCGUAUAGGUUAUUGCCGAGAUACCAAUUCGUUGACCAAACGAGUUUGCAUGGGACCCAAGAGCUCGUUGCUGGUCAAUCGAGUUUCGAAAUCUACGAAUCAUCAGAACAAGAAUGGAUCGAUAUCUCGUCCCAAGUCAAUUCAGGUUUCAUGACAGAUUGGACAGUAAGGAGGGGUGGUUUAUAUGGUUUUUUUUUUUGUGGUUAUUGUAUUGUGUACGGUGUUUGGACGUUUAGCGUGGGUGGGUGGGUGGAUCAGUUGGAUGCGUUUGGAGAACAGGGCGAAUAAUGAGUGUGAGA